AUCCAGCAGGCGGUGGUGCUGGAGGCGCUGGCGGGGGGCCCGGCCGGGGGAGGCAGCGGGCGGUACGACACUGCCGAGCUGCUGGUGGUGGGUCACGACGGGUUGCUACCCAAGCUGGAUAUGUACUGGCUGCUGAGGUACCUGCUGCACGGCCAGCCCCUGGCGCUGUGGCGUGAGCAGCAGCUGCACUCCCCCGGGGCGACCGCACUGCUCCGCGCCAUCACCCGCGCUGCGGAGCUGCUGGCGCCGCAACAGACUGCCCGCAGCUACGCGGCCCGCCUGCUCACCGCGCUGCACUUCGCGGGGCUGCAGGCGGGCGGGCAGCCGGCGGGGGCGCACGCGGCGUUCAAGGACGUCAUGGUGGAUGCGGCGGGGGUGCGGCUGCUGCAGCGGGCCCACGGCGCGCCCUCCUCCCCCGCCUCCGCCUCCCUGGAGUCCUCCGCGCUGUCGCUGGCCGCCAGCCUGGAGCUGGUGCUGCGCAGCCUGAACAACCUGGUGGAGCGGGUGCACCACUCGCCCUUCCUGUACCUGCUGACGGGGCGGGAGCGCUUCGUGAGUGUGGAGCGAUACGUGGGGCCCGCCGUGGCGCUGGCGGCGGGGGUGCAGCUGCAGGUGGGUGGGUGGGUGGAGGGGUGGAGACUGCCGUGAGGCGUGAGGGCUAUGAGGGAAC